CCGGUUGGGACCUCGUGGGGUGGGGCGGAGCGCGGAAGGAUCCUGGCGGGCUGUGCUGCGCCACCCGCGGUAUAUCUGUCCCCAGUCCCCGGGGCCGCCUCAUUCCCCAUCCUCAGAUCACAAUCUCUCCUCAGACUACCGCGACGCCAUCUCCGCCCGCAUAGCCCUGGCUAUGGCUCUGUAGCCGCGACCCCUCCGUGCCCCGGCCCGUCUCUGCGCUCACCGCGCUUGCGCUCUUCGCUACCGCCUUCUUUCUUCAGCGGAGGCCGCCGCCGCCUCUCUGUUCCACAGCCAUGGAGUCUUCCACUUUCACCUUGCUGCCUGUCUUUGCCCCGCUGAGCAACUUCCAGAGCCUCCUUCUAGCUGUUGGUUCAGCCUUCUUCAUUGCGACCCGUGCCCAGAGCCCGUGCUGCAGCCAUGUCACUCCUGGCGACCCUGGGGCUGGAGCUGGACAGGGCCCUGCUCCCAGCUAGCGGUCUGGGCUGGCUCGUAGACUAUGGGAAACUCCCCCUGGCCCCUGCCCCCCUCGGCUCCUAUGAAAUCCUUGGGGGAGCCCUGGAGGGUGGGCUCCCAGGGGGAGGAGAGCCCCUGGCAGGUGACGGCUUCUCUGACUGGAUGACUGAGCGGGUGGACUUUACAGCCCUCCUGCCCCUGGAGCCCCCCUUACCCCCAGGUGCCCUCCCCCCACCCUCCCCACCCCCACCUGACCUGGAGGCCAUGGCCUCUCUCCUCAAGAAGGAGCUGGAACAGAUAGAAGACUUCUUCCUUGAUGCACCACUCCUCCCACCAUCCUCCCCCCUGCCUCAGCCGCCACCACCAGCCCCCUCCCUCCCUCUUCCACUCCCCCUCCCCACCUUUGACCUCCCCCAGCCCCCUGCUCUGGAUACCCUUGACUUGCUGGCUAUCUACUGCCGCAGUGAGGCCGGGCCAGGAGACUCGGGGUUGGCAUCCCUGCCCCCACCACAGCAGGCCCCCCCACCUCCACCUCCACCCUCUCGCCCGGCCCCCUACCCGAAUCCUACCACCACCCGAGGGGACCGCAAGCAAAAGAAGAGAGACCAGAACAAGUCAGCAGCUCUGAGGUACCGCCAGAGGAAACGGGCAGAGGGCGAGGCCCUGGAGGGCGAGUGCCAGGGGCUGGAGGCUCGAAACCGGGAGUUGAGGGAGAGGGCUGAGUCGGUAGAGCGCGAGAUCCAGUAUGUCAAGGAUCUGCUCAUUGAGGUGUAUAAGGCUCGGAGCCAGAGGACCCGGCACAGCUAGAGGGGCUUUGGGCUGUAGGGGGCACUGGUCUUCAUCUCUGGCUCACCUCUAUUUCUGGGGCUGGGGUCGGAGGAUCCCACCAUCCCCUUUUCUGUCUGACUUUCUCCCCCCCCUCUCCUUUUAUCUUUGACCGCUCUCGCCCAUUUCUGAAUUUGCCCCCCUUCUCCCACCCAGAAUCCUGGAAUGUCUGGCCUUACUCAACAUCUCCACUUCUCAAGUAACAGCUGAGGGGCUGGGGGCCCAGAGACGGGGAGCUUGCAACCCUGGUCUCUCAAUCAGGGAAGUGAGGCCAGGAAGCUGUGCAGAAUGAAUGUGGAACAAACAGGGGAGCCCCCGGGGGAUGUGAGCCAGGGAGGGUCUUAAGAAUGGCCCCUGUAUAAUAAUAUAACCAAAAAAGCUAGCCAAGUGACCUUAGGGAAACAUAUUUGGGCAGGAAGCCAAAAGGUGGCCAAGUUCACAGAGCAGGUGAAUAUGCAGGUAGCCGGGGAGGUGGGCAGGGCGGGGGAACGGCCAUAGUCGGGACUGGGUGUUCAUUUUAGCUCUGGGAGGAAAUCAGUGU